CGUCUCGCGAGCCUCGCGGCGACGUUACACACGUCGCGUAGUAGUGCCGGGUUCAACAUUGUCGUCCGCGCGCCGCCCUUCUGCCGUUCUCAGGGGGGUGGAACGGCAACGUUCUCUAUCUCGAGGUGUCUACGCCGGAGUAAUCCGGGCGUCGGGUCCCGUCGACGACACCGUAGUGUGAUCACCAUGCGAUCAACGAGCCGGAUCGUUCGCGCUGACGACGACGCGUCGUCGCCACCAGUUCCGCGAGGGUUGCAACGUCUCCUCGGGCUCCUCGCUUCCGGUAAACGCGGACCGGAACACGUCGAUCGCGUUGUUCGAAUGUCCGGAGUUGAUGUUUGCCGAGAUGUAGUGCAGUGGUGUUGAAGGAAACGUCAACUAUAGGCCAGGAAGGGAUUGACUGACUUUGAUUAGUGCGUUUGAAUUGACAUGGAAAUUGAGGGGACUGUUCGAAAGCCUCGAGGGUCUUGAAAUAUUGAAAGAUUGUGAACUGAGUAUAGCGUAUAAAAUAAUUGAAUUUGAAUUGCUUAAAAAGAAGCACGAAACUGCUAUCGAAAGAGGUAAACAAUAGCAACGAAAAUUUUAAUACAAUCUAAGGGCGUUUCUGGCGAAAGGACCUGUUGUGCGCUUAACGAAAAGUAAUCAAAUUUUAAUGUAUCGGCGAUAUCGGAUCGUUCUAAAAUGCUUGAUAGUGAAUGAGGAAUAAAUUAACUUGUGAGGAAGGUAAAAUAUGUUUUAGGAUAAGGAAGAUUCAUCGCGUCGUAAAUUUGUGCAGUGUAUAGUUUGGAGGUUAAUCAAAAAAAAGUUUGCGUGUUAAUUUAUAACUCAACACUUUCGGCUAUCGUCUCUCAAUCAUUGGAACAGAGUGAAAUUAAUGCAUUUGUGUGUGCGUUUAGUGAUUAUUGGAAAAAAAGUGUCGAGUUUUCAGUGCGUGAAGUCUCUUGAUUUCGUCGAGUGGAAUCCUUUGUCUUUGAACGGACACUACGGGACAACGUUCGAGAAGUGAAGGAAAUUGAUUAUAAAUUAAACUAAUUAUCAGAAAAGAAAAAUAAUCGCGUAAAACGGUCGGUGAGAGGCGGAGAAUGCAGUACAGAAAUUUCGCAAAUUAUUUGUGGAAUGGCGCGUUCGAGACACACACGAUAAUGAUCGCAAAACUAAUAACUCAUUAUCUGCAAUUAGUAAUUAAAUUUUUUUAACGAACAUAAGCGUUUUAAGUAUAGAGAUGCUUGAGAACAUUCUGGAUUGAAUCUGCGCCGCCUAUCGUUUGACAUUUCGGAAAAUCCCACAAGAGGCGACAGGCCUAAUUGAAGUCAUGAUUCGCACAAAUGAUAGGUUCACCGGGACGGCGGAAACUCGACGGCGUCGCGAUUAAUCGCGCAGGCGUAAAUGAGAGACGAUCGUUGUGGGACGCGGAGGUGAUCCAUAGAUCGUGUCGGGCGUGAUCGGUUGCGGGAGGAGGGUGGCAAGAUGGAACUCAUCCCGGUCCUUGUCUGCCUGAUCGCCCUGCCGCCCGGCCUCUCGCUCUCCAUCAAGAGCAAGCUCAACCCGCGGAUCGUUCAGACGCGCUACGGCGAGGUGCAGGGUAUCACGAGGUCCUUCGAGUACGCCAAGUUCCUCAAGCCAAUCGACGUUUACCUUGGGAUACCGUACGCGACACCGCCGGUCGGCAGCAACCGCUUUUCCCCGACGAGAGCGCCGAGUCCUUGGGAGGGAGUCAGAUUAUCAGACUCGGUGGGUCCGGUCUGCCCCCAAAAGCUGCCGGACAUCGCAAACGAGCAGGAAGCGCUCGAGCGGAUGCCUAAGGGAAGACUGGAGUAUCUGAAGAGACUGCUGCCUCAUCUGCGCAACCAGAGCGAGGACUGUCUUUACCUAAACAUCUACGCACCUGCCAUGGGCAUGGCGGAGGGUGGUAGGAAGCAUCCGGUGUUGCUGUACAUUCAUGGCGAGAGCUACGACUGGGGUAGCGGAAACCCUUACGACGGUAGCGUCCUAGCCAGCUACACCGACCAAGUGAUCGUCACCAUGAACUACCGGCUAGGCGUGCUCGGCUUCCUGAACGCCAACGUGGCGCCGCAGACCAAAGCGAGGGUCGCGAAUUACGGCCUCAUGGAUCAAAUCGCCGCUCUGCACUGGGUUAAGGAGCAUAUCGCCCGCUUCGGGGGCGAUCCCGAGAACGUCACCCUUAUGGGCCAGGGCACCGGGGCCGCUUGCGUGCAUUUCCUCGCCAUCAGUCCCACCGUCAUUCGAGGAUUGUUCAAACGAGCUAUACUUCUGUCGGGCAGCGCCCUUUCAUCCUGGGCUGUCGUGGAAGAUCCUGUAUCCUACGCCUUAAAACUCGCCAAGGCUAUCAACUGCUCCAUUCCCGAUGAUCUUCUCAAAGACAAUGAGCUUAUAGUCGAUUGUCUGAGGGAGAGCAGUCUGGAAGAGCUGAUGCAAGUCGACAUUCAACCUCCGACAUUUCUUAGCGCGUUUGGUCCAAGUGUCGAUGGUGUCGUCAUCAAGCCGGACUUUCAGAAAGAUCUCCUGUCUUAUCUGGGCCCCGAGUUUCAAGGAUUUGGGCCUCUUCUGAAAAAGGCCGAACAUGGCGCGCCAAUAACGAGCAACAACAAAUACGAUCUGUUGUUUGGUGUGACAACGAGCGAGGCAUUAUGGAAGUUUGCGGAGAAGGACGUUCUACAAGGAUUCGAGGGUGAGAGACGAGACAGGAUUAUCCGCACGUACGUGAGAAACGCCUACGUCUAUCAUCUCACUGAGAUAUUUUACACGGUGGUGAAUGAGUACACCGACUGGGAGCGAACGGUUCAGCAUCCCAUCAACACGAAGGAUGCAUGCGUGCAGGCGUUGAGUGACGCGCAGUUCGUGGCUCCUCUCGUACAAACCGGGGAUCUUUUCACCCUCAGACACACCAAGAAACCGAACAAUCCCCACAUAGCGCCGAUUCCCGACAGCGAGGAGGAACCGAUGCCCAAGACCUACUUUUACGUGUUCGACUAUCAGAUGAAGGAGGGCGAUUAUCCUCCGAAAAUGGGCUCGGUGCACGGCGAGGAACUUCCAUUCGUCUUCGGGGCGCCAUUGUGGGUAGAAGGAUUUGGCCAUUUUCCGAAAAACUACACGAGACUGGAAGUGGCACUCUCGGAAAGUAUCAUGCAGUAUUUCGCGAACUUUGUGAAAACUGGAAAUCCAAACAUUAUUGAUCAUCACGGAAGAAACGACACUCUUUUACCAGCCAGUAGAGAAAAGAGUCGAUUUCGCAGUUUGUCCUGGGAGCAGUACGAUCCAGUGCAUCAAAAAUACUUGGAAAUUGGAAUGAAGCCGAAGAUGAAAAAUCACUACAGAGCGCAUCAGCUGUCGGUCUGGCUGCGUCUAGUCCCGGAGCUUCAUCGUGCCGGAAUGGAGGAUGUCGAUUCCAGACACAACUUGUUCCGCGGCCAUAGCGACCCCAGUCUGUACGACGGAUCCGUGAGACCGGAUCCUCUCAGCAGGAUCAGCGAGGAAUUCAAGAGGAAGAACGUUAGCACGGAUCCGCCGACCACGACGGAUUAUAGCAUUACGACGUGCGUCAGCCUUAUCCCGGGCACCAAUCUUCAGAACGUCCAUAACGCUAGCACCGACACCUUGGCCAGCCUGGACGCAGCUGGUUAUGCGGCAUAUUCGACGGCCUUGAGUGUGACAAUCGCGAUCGGCUGCAGCCUGCUGAUCCUGAACGUCCUGAUAUUCGCGGGCGUCUAUUAUCAAAGAGACAAAACGCGGCUCGAGGUGAAGAGCCUUCAGCAGCAACAAAUGUUGAGCCAACAAUGCGGUCCUCGCGGUUUCACAGAACUAAAACAACCACCGCCCCCGCAUUCCCAUUACGCCGGAGCGGGCCAAGUGAUCGUCGACGUUGAGAAUGAAAUGUUGAGAAGAAACGUAAUGAAAGGACCUCCUAACGAUCCUGGCGCUCCUUUCCAAGGGCAAGGAACUCAUACACUGCCUCAUCAACAUCAUUACCAGAAACAUCAGCAACAACAGCAUGCCACCCUUCCCCGAGCAUCAGUCAUUCAAGAGAUAAACACACAAACUCAAGGUCCUCCGAACGGAUCUAUACACUUGACGGUCCCCCGGGCUCCGCCGCCACCCAGGGCGAAGAGUCCGCCGGAGAACCAACCCCUUCUGCAGAGUGCGACGGUCUCGAGUCGCGUGUCCCAGGCGACGAUGAGCGAGAUGCGAGUGUGAUGCUUGGACCCCCCUCCGAAGCCAGUCGUCCCAGAUGUCCUCACGGCGUCGACCUUGCUCUAGGCAGAUUCGCCGCGAACCUGUCGCGAGUGGCGGCCCCAAAAGCUGCCAACUCCUCGACGGGUCGACGCAGAAUAUCCCGGGGAACGUGAGCUGCGGACAAACGGAGGGGGGUGCUGGGGAGAGAUUCCUCACCGCUGAGGGAUGGUCGAGCCAAGAUUGCGUCUACCGAAUACAAGAGAGAGAAAAUACCGAUCGAAAUGCGCUAUUGCGAAUUUAGAAGUGCGGAAGAGAGAGAGAGAGAAAGAAACUGCGAGCCACAGCAGAAUACAAAUUAAAUACGUAGAGUUUAAAUCUGUCCCUGCAAUUUCUUCGUAAAUCUCUUCUCUCGGAUUAGAAAAAUAUACGUAUACAAUAUAUAUGCUCUCGUAUAACGCGGAAGGGAUAAUGUUUCGCGUUUACACGAUACUCAUGGGGUUGUACAAAAUUCGUGGAAAUGACAAAGGUCAUUUGUUAACGAAGGGAACGCGCAAAAUUUUUCCCAAAAUUCAUGAAUUUAUUAUCCAUCGCGUUAUACGAGGCCUAUCAUAAUUUUCUCUUUUUCUUUGUUUUUACCAUCGCGUUACGUAGAAGUAUUAUUACCUCUAUACACAAUACACGAGGGUCUUGCUGUAUAAAACUUCAGAGGGUGCAUUUCUACAGAACGCGCAAAGUAAUAGAAUUCUUAAAAAAUUUGAAUUUACUAAAAUUAUAAUUUUACACAAUCAAAGUAAUUGAUAAGAAUACAGUUUGCAAAAGAAAUAUAUAUGUAAUAUAUACGAAAGAGUUUUAAAAAGAAAAAAUCUUCACAAUCUUAUAAUAAUUAUUAUCGAUUGAACCGCGAUAAACGAAAGAGCUGUAAAAAAUAUUUCACAGCGCCUUUCGCUUGAGACUCUACGAUAGUCGGUGGACGUCGAUAAAAAUACUUACGAAGUUUGAACAUCAAGUGAGAAAGAAAUGUGGCAAAGUCGGUCAGAUCACGUUGGAUCAAUCGAGGCUUUAAUCAAAUUUCGUGCGAAGGAAUCAAACGCGAAUGUGAAAUUUCGCUAAUUAUAUUAUUAGUCGAUAAAUGAAGAAUCUCUAGUCGUUAAAGAUGACGAAAGGAGUGACGAAUGGCUCAAUAUGUGAAUCUCGACGGCGAUGAAGACACCCUGUAAAAAGAAGACAUACUAGCCAUAUUACGAUGUUAGAUGUUCCUUGUACAUAACGUGAAUUUAUAUAUACAUAUAAGAACGCCAAAGAGUUUGCUACUUUGUAAGAAGACUUGUAUCCGCGUAUCGUUUGAUUAUUAAUCCUGGUUUUUUUUUUUUUUUUGGUUGAUGUGUCGAUAUUCACGCGUGAUGUCAUAGAAGAAUGAAUGUAAGAGAGAAAUUUUUCGAAACGUAAUGAGCGAGCUUGUUUAUUGACGAGAAUCGACUGAUUAAGCUUUCAGAACUUCAAAGUGUCAGAUUCUUAAUUCUUUGUAGAAUAUUUUCUACAUAUAUAAAGUCUAAUUAUAGAAUCCUCCUUCAAGUCCUUUAACCACUCGUAAAAUAGCUAAUUCUCAGCCAUAGUGUAUCAAGAUUAAUUCUUCUGUCAAUGCAUUUUUUAAGGUGAUCCUAAACGUCCUUGAGAAGUCUGUGAUUUCCGUCCUGUUUU